CAUAUAAACAAACCCUUCGUUUGACAACUAUCACAUAUGCUACAGCCGCGCGCAAUCUAUACAAACAGAACGCAGAAAGGUGCCUGGCGGGACAGUAUUUUUCUUUUAAUCGUGCCACACUUUUUCACUUGCAAAGCAUGAAUAAUUCGUUCCUGCGAGAUGCUUUCCAAGUUCUUACCAACGAAGCCAAAGAUUUGUUCCUGCCUGCCAGCAUACCGGAAACAUUCGGUAUCCCCAGCUCGCUGGAGUUUGUACGUGAUAAUGUAGCGAAAAAUCUUCCCCUGAUAAUGCGUGAAGCGAUAAACGAUUGGCCAGCGGUGGAGAAAUGGAAUUCGAAAUACUUUCGUUCUGCAGAGAAACGCUUCCCGGCAAGGAGGUAACUGUAGCGAUCACACCCAACGGAUAUGCCGACGGUUUGGCUUUUCACGAGGAGGAAGAAUAUUUCGUCCUUCCACUAGAGGAGAGCAUGUGCAUGGAGGAAUUCUUGGACGCUCUGGAUCAUAAAACCCCUGAUGCCGUACCUUACAUACAGCGCCAGAAUUCAAAUCUUACCGAAGAUUUCGAAGAGCUGUGGAUGGACGUUAAUGAAGGGAGUCUGGAUUUUGCAUCCGAAGCAUUCAACAAAAAACCGGAUGCCAUUAAUUUCUGGAUGGGUGACGAAAGGGCUAUCACAUCCAUGCAUAAGGAUCCGUACGAGAAUAUUUACUGCGUGAUUUCGGGAUACAAGGACUUCAUUCUGAUUCCUCCGAUCGAUCUGCACAAUGUACCUCGGCGUCAUUAUCCGAUGGGCAUUUACAUGCAAGAAAAUGACGACAAAAUAGUGAUCGAACCUAUUCUUGAUGAAAUAGGUAAACCACGGCUCAUCGAGUGGGUUAGCGUUGAUCCACUGGUGCCAGAUCUGGAACGAUUUCCAUGUUAUGCCGAUGCUACCACCUACGAAAUUCGGUUGAAUGCAGGUGAUCUGCUGUAUCUGCCAAGCCUGUGGUAUCAUCACGUACGACAAAGCCACAAAUGUAUUGCGGUUAAUUUUUGGUACGACAUGGAUUAUGAUGCGCGUUACUGUUUCUACAAAAUGAUGGAAAAGCUUUGCAAUUAUGGUCAAUGAAAAAUGAACGCGUGUGCGCGUUGUUUGCUGUUA